AUGUGGAUAUUUGGGUAUGGAUCUCUGAUGUGGUAUACGGAUUUCCCGUAUCAAAAGGUUUUAGGAGGUACCGUGCGGGGAUUUGAACGGAGAUUCUGGCAACUUUCGCCCGAUCACCGAGGGACUCCUGAAAAGCCCGGCCGAACAGUCACCCUGGUAUCAGUGAAAGAGGGUCACUGCUGGGGCUUAGCUUACAAGGUGCCCGAGAAUGAAGUGGAAAAAACGAUCAAAUAUUUGGAUCAUCGAGAAAAAGCCGGCUAUUCGAUUCAAUAUUUGGACUUUUAUCCCGAUAAUGGAGAGAAGCCAUUUAAGGUGGCCGUUUACAUAUCACCACAAAGUGACAACGAGUUUCACGCUGGACCCACAGAAAUUGAGGAGGUUGCACUGCAGAUACUAGAUUGUCAUGGCCCUUCCGGACCAAAUCUCGAAUAUGCAUUACGAGUCGCUGAUAUUCUUCACAAAAAGGCUCCACAUUAUAUUGACGAACAUGUGUUCGAACUCGAGAAGUUGUUGCUGAAAAAGGCAAUCGAGAGUGGCACCGGACUUCACAUUCUCGAGACUUUGGGAUAUUCAGCCAAAAGUUCA